AUGCUUUUCUCGGAAGGCGAUAAGCUGAUUUUCAGGUUUGACGACCACCUCCUCUGGAUCCAGCCAUGGGGCGAGAAUUCCCUUCGAGUGCGAGCAACCAAACUUGCAUCCAUGCCUACAGAAGAUUGGGCACUCACUUCUCAUCCAACAAGCUCCUCCAUCAACAUCGCAACUCCCAGGGAUGAAGAUGCAACAAUCACAAACGGUAAAAUCAAAGCCACUGUCUCCCAGAGAGGGAAAAUGAUCAUCUACGAUUCAAAGGGGACCAAAUUACUCGAAGAAUAUGCCCGCAAUCGACAGGACCCCCGCGAUGAAAAAUGCAGUGCUCUGAGGAUCGAAGCACGGGAGCUGCGUCCCAUACUUGGUGGAGAUUUUCACCUAACAACUCGGUUCGAAUCGUUAGAUCCCAAGGAAAAAAUCUUCGGAAUGGGCCAGUAUCAACAACCAUAUUUGAAUCUCAAAGGAGCAGACUUGGAGCUGGCGCACCGGAAUUCCCAAGCCAGUGUGCCUUUUGCAGUUUCGUCGCGCGGCUACGGGCUGCUGUGGAAUAACCCUGGGAUCGGACGAGCAGUUUUCGGAACCAAUGUGAUGAGCUUCGAGGCGUACUCGACACGUUCGCUUGACUACUGGGUUGUAGCUGGAGAUACACCUGCAGAGAUUGCAGAGGCAUAUGCAAAGGCCACCGGCUAUGUCCCUAUGAUGCCAGAGUACGGGCUUGGGUUCUGGCAGUGCAAGCUUCGCUACUGGAAUCAGGAACAGCUGCUCAAUGUUGCUCGGGAAUACCGUCGUCGCGGAGUUUCUCUCGAUCUGAUUGUUGUUGAUUUCUUCCAUUGGAAGCAUCAGGGUGAAUGGAGUUUCGAUCCAAAGUUCUGGCCCGAUGUUGACGCUAUGAUUCAAGAACUCAAAGAGCUCAAGGUGGAGCUCAUGGUCUCCAUCUGGCCCACAGUCGAGCAUGCAUCCGAGAACUAUUCCGAAAUGCUGGAGCGUGGCCUUUUAAUCCGACACGACCGCGGAUUGCCCGUGGCAAUGCAAUGCGACGGUGAUGUCACUUAUUUUGACGCUACGAACCCCGAAGCCCGAGAAUAUGUCUGGGACAAAGCAAAGAAGCACUAUUAUGAACAUGGCAUCAAAGUAUUCUGGCUCGAUGAGGCCGAGCCGGAGUAUUCAGUCUACGACUAUGAUAUCUACCGAUACCACGCCGGCAGCAAUUUGCAGAUCGGUAACAUCUAUCCCAAGGAGUAUGCACGUGGAUUCUACGAGGGCAUGCAGGCGGAAGGACAGACAAACAUUGUGAACCUGCUGCGUUGCGCCUGGGCAGGUAGCCAGAAAUAUGGGGCCCUUGUCUGGAGUGGUGAUAUUGCUUCCUCAUGGACCUCAUUCCGGAAUCAGCUAGCAGCCGGCUUAAAUAUGGGCCUCUCUGGAAUCCCCUGGUGGACCACUGAUAUCGGAGGCUUCCAUGGAGGGAACCCAGAUGACCCUGAGUUCCGAGAGCUAUUCACCAGAUGGUUUCAAUGGGGUACAUUCUGUCCUGUGAUGCGACUUCAUGGAGACCGUGAGCCAAAGCCUGACGGGCCGACUUCGAGUGGAGCCGACAAUGAGAUCUGGUCAUAUGGCGAUGAGGUUUAUGAAAUCUGCAAGAAAUUCAUCGAGAUUCGGGAGGAGCUUCGCAACUACACCCGGGACCUGAUGAAAGAAGCUCAUGAGAAGGGCACGCCUGUUAUGCGCACGUUGUUCUAUGAGUUUCCGCAGGACAAGCAGGCAUGGGAUGUUGAAACAGCCUAUAUGUUUGGGUCGAAGUAUUUGAUUGCCCCGGUCUUGAAACCGGGACAGCGCAAGAUCUCUGUCUAUCUUCCUGCUGGUGCUUGCUGGACUCCUUGGGGCAAGGUGAAUACCCAGCAUGAUGAAAUCCCCAAGAUAUUCUCGGGUGGUGUCACAGUGGAGGUGAAUUGCCCAAUUGACACUAUGCCGGUCUUUUACCGCGUCGGCUCUUGA